GCAAUUUGCAACCAAAUAUUUGUCUCCUUUUUAAGGAAAAAGAAAACGAAACCCAAACGAAACGAGAGAGGGAAGAAGCGAAUCGUCAAGUGUUAAAGUGGUGGAAGAAGUUGAGCAUGGAUCCUGAACAUACAGAGGCUCUUUUAAACCAUUUGGAGAAGCAAAAUGGAUUGCUCACAGAAACUCAUAAAACCAUGACUCAAGAACUCCAAAAGCUUCAGGUGGAAGAGGAGAUGAUGAUGAGGAAAUUAUAUGAGCUGAUGUCUACACGUCGCCAAAAUAACAAGAAAAUGGAGGAGACUCAAAAUGUGUCACAUGGUAAAGAAAUAGUGGUAGUGGCAGAAGCUUCUGAUACGACGUCUAGUACAUCCAAGGCGUUAAUCACAUAUGUGAGAAGAAGGAAAAAGACUCAAAUGCCAACUCAAUGAAGAUUUUCAGUUCUUGUGUAAGUUAGUUUCUCUUUAGUGACAUGUUAGUUCUACUUAUUAUCUAUAUGUGCGAUGUUUUCUAGUUUUUACGAUGGCUCUUAUGCCUAUAUAGCGGGUAGUAGUCGUCUUCACCUUUGUUUAUGCUUUUUAAAUGCAGCUUAAGUUUUCUU